AUGACUAAAAUAACAGCCAGGGAAACCGUAGAGAGACUUGACAAAAUAUUCAGUCGGCUCGGUUAUCCACAAACAAUCACCUUAGACAACGCCAGACAGUUUGUGAGGACUGUAUUGGAGGAGUAUAGCAAAACGAAAGGGAUUAUUCUCAGGCACUCAACCCCAUAUUGGCCACAGGAAAACGGGUUGGUCGAACGUCAAAAUCGCUCCCUUCUAAAGCGUCUACAGAUCAGUCAUGCGCUGGGUCGGAACUGGCGUCGGGAACUUCGGGAGUAUUUACAGAUGUACUACACCACACCUCAUUCGAUCACGGGUAAAACUCCGACGGAAUUACUAUACGGAAGAACGAUCAGAUCAAAAAUACCGGCCUUGGAUGAUAUCGAGACAAUACCGUUGGGUGAUGUUCGGGACCGAGAUCGAGUAUUGAAAGAGAAAGGGAAGCAGGCUGAGGACCUCCGACGCCGCGCAAGGAAGUCAUCACUCUCCACAGGCGAUACAGUACUUAUGCAGAACCUGCUGCCAGGUAAUAAGUUGUUGACGACGUUCAACCCGAAAGAGUAUGUUGUCACGCAUCGCGCAGGACCGCGUGUAACCGUCGAAGAUCCAGCAACCGGUAAAUCGUAUGAUCGCAACGUAGUUCACCUGAAGAGACUACCCGAGAGUACAACAGAGCCGACAGAAUCAGUAGCAGCUGCUGCGAUGGACAACGUUGAAGAUCAACACCCUGAAUUCAGCAGUUCAGAAGAUGAUCUUUACGGAUUCGACGAUAACCUCGAAACGGAUCACAGAGUCGAGCCGGAAAUGGUUUCCAUAACUCGACAGCGUCGAGUCGUUAAGAAGCCUUCUAAAUUUGCAGACUACGUACUUUAA